GUUGGCUGCUUGGGCUGCAGUGCAGCGAACACGUACAGUUCAGUCGCCGUUCCUCACUUUUUCCUCUUUUAAAGUUCUAUUCCCCUCGAACUGGAAUACUAUUUUUCUAAAACAUUGUUUGGAUAUCUUUGCUACCAUGUCCAAAGAGUGCUGGCCAGGGGAAGCCAUUGAGCGUCUGGGUGGCUGUUUAGUAGAGUAGCUCCCCGCUACUGACCUCGCUGCCAGGAUGCUCCGUAAGAGCAGCGAAGGCGGCGGCGUAAAGCGGGGUCAUGCUUCUGCGGCGUCCAGACAUCACUCCGAUUCCCUGACGGGCUCCACCAAGACCUGGGAUGUCGGGCACAGGCGACGCUCGCACAACCUGCUGAGUGAUGGUGCUGAUCCCUUGGUGUCUGCGUCAUGCCCGCCCGGAGUGGACCCGGAGUACGUCAUGAUGCUGGUGAAUGACGUCAGGUGGUUUGCCAACGUGCUGCUGCACCUCAAAGAAGCCUUCCAGAGUCCAGAGGGCUCGGAGGCUUUCCAACAGGUGGUCCAGGAGCGUCUGGCCGAGCUGCUGCGCGUCCUCAAGGCCGUCAUCGCCAAACACCAGGCCCUCAACUCGGUGGACAUCCUGGGCAAGGCGGGCACGCUCAUCGCCAAGGUGAAAGGCAUCAACUUCGACGACGUCAGAUCGGAAAACCUAGACGGAACGUUUGGCGAGAUUCAUGCGUCCAUCGACACCUUGGCGUUCACAUUCGGCAAUGUAGUUUCUGACUUCCUUAUGGGAGAUGUGGACAAUGGCUCAGGGUUGGGGACCCCCCAGGCCAGAAGAAGCAGGUCUUUCGACAACCUCGCUGUGGAUCCCGAGGACUAUGCGGCAGAGAAGAACGACCUCGCCGGCCCAGACGUUCCUCUGUCGCGCGAGGAGGAGGUGGACCUGAUACUGCUGAAGCAUGAUAGCGGGGUGGAGUCAGCCCUGCUCUACGCCAAAGCCUGGUCCAAGUAUAUCAAAGACCUGCUGGCCUGGAUGGAGAAAAGGGUGACCAUGGAUGUGGAGUGUGCCAAGAGCUACGCCAAACUGGCCGAGUCGGCCAAGUCGCUGGUGACGCAGCAGGACUACAUGCCCUUUAGUGACGUCUACAAUUCCACCUUCAAGAACGAUGUCGAAUACAACCAACUUCUCAUGCAAACCGCCAUGGCCUUGCAGACCAAUAAAUUCAUCCAGCCUCUCCUGGGACGUAAGAACGAACUGGACAAACUGAGGAAAGACCUCAAAGAGCAGUGGCAGAAGGAGCAGAAGAAAAUGCACGAGGCGGACGUGAGCCUGCGAAAGGCACGGGCGCUGAAGGCCCAGAGGCAAGAAGAGUAUCAGAAGGCCCACUCGUACACCAGCCGCUCCCUGGAGGAGCAGCCCAGCGCUGUCAAUAAGCAGCUGGAGAAGAAGAGGAGGUUGGAAGAGGAGGCCCUGCAGAGGGCUGAGGAGGCCCAGGAACAAUACCAGAACAGCAUGGCUGACGCGGGCGUCAGGAGGAUGGACCUGGCCAAUGUCAAACGCACCAUCCUCACCCAGAUCAGAGAGACCGUCUUCCAGUGCGACCUCACGCUCAAGGCGGUGACAGUCAAUUGGUUCCAGAUGCAACACGCGCAGAUGGCGUUGCUUCCCGCCCACCACCAGGCAUUGAGUGACGGCGCCAAGCUGUACGAGCCCGGCGAAUGCUACUCGGAGUUUGUGCGCCGCCUGCCACGACAUCUGCCCAGAGAGCGUGUGCAUUCUGACUCGGUUUCUUCAGACGGUGCCAGGUUUGUGUUUGCCAAGCGGUCGGUGGGCAGCAGCCACUCCUCCCACGGCAACCUGUCCCAGGCCUCCCUCACCUCCUGCGACGUUCUCAGCGGCGACGAGGUGGACAGCCCGCUGCACCGCCGGCCGGGGAUCGCCGCGCGCCGCUCCAACAGCAGCACUGACAUUCCAGAGUUGAGGAACCAGGCGCCGCCGAUCCGAGCCUGGACCUCCGGAAGUCCGGGUAGCCAAGGUGGGAUGUGCAGCGACUCAGAGAGUGCGGGGGGCAGCAGUGAGUCCAGGUCUAUGGACUCCCCUUCUGCCAGUCCAGGUGAUUUCAAGCGACGUCUGCCCAGAACUCCCUCCACUGGCACCAUGUCUUCUGCUGACGACCUGGACGAGAGAGAACCCCUCUCACCUUUGGACAAUGGUCUGGCCGAGAUGGUGACGGAGACGGCCAGCUCUCCCGGGCCCUUCCGGAACGCUCAGAUGUCCAAAGCGGCGCAGACGCACAAACUCAGGAAGCUCCGAGCGCCGUCCAAGUGCCGCGAGUGCGAUAGCCUGGUGGUCUUCCACGGAGCAGAGUGCGAGGAGUGUUCGCUGGCCUGCCACAAGAAAUGUCUGGAGACCCUGGCCAUCCAGUGCGGCCAUAAGAAGCUGCAGGGCAAGCUGCAGCUCUUCGGCAUCAACUUCACCCAGGCGUCCAAAAACAGCGCAGACGGGAUCCCCUUCAUCAUCAAGAAGUGCACCUCUGAAAUCGAGAGCCGCGCUCUCAACAUUAAGGGCAUUUACCGCAUGAAUGGCGCCAAGUCACGCGUGGAGAAGCUGUGCCAGGCCUUUGAGAACGGCAAAGACUUGGUGGAGCUGUCGGAGCUGUCGCCGCACGACAUCAGCAACGUGCUCAAGCUCUACCUGAGACAGUUACCAGAGCCGCUGAUCCUGUACCGCUACUACAACGACUUCAUCGGCUUAGCCAAAGAGUACCAGCGAGUGGUGGUGGAGGAGGCCCAGGAGAGAGAGGCCAAGAAGCCCGGCGGGGCCGCCAUCCGUCUCAACCGCGUGGUCCUCCGCAUCCGGGACUUGCUCCGCCAGCUGCCUGCCGCUAACUACCGCACGCUACAUUUCCUCGUGGCGCACCUCAACAGAGUGGCAGAACAGGCGGAAGAGAACAAGAUGACGGCGAGCAACCUGGGCAUCAUCUUCGGCCCCACACUGGUGAAGCCGCGGCAGGCGGAUGCCGAGGUGUCCCUGUCCUCCCUGGUGGACUACCCGUACCAGGCCCUCAUGGUGGAGCUGCUGGUGCGACACUUCCCGGUGGUCUUUGACGCCCCGCCGUCGAGCGAGUCGGAUGCCCCCUCGGCCGCCAGCCAGACGUCGCCUGUCCUCACACCCCAGGAAAAGCUGCAGCGCCUCAGCAGACAUUCUGCCUCCUUGACGGAUAUUAAAGAGAGUGCCAAAGUGUACAAGAGGUUCUCCUCCGUCAUCCCAUCCUCUCACAUCCUGGACGAGGUCCAGGAGGUCCAGCCCGGAACCGACCGGACGGACUCCUCGGACGGAGUCAACGGUGUCGAUGAGGUACCGGGCCUACAGAGGUCCGGGCCAGAGUUGGGCCACGCCGCUGCCACCGGCCCCGCGUCUGCGUCGGCCACCCUGGCAUCGAUGGUGCAGCUGCGAGCCCAUCGCGCCCGAUCGUCGUCCCGACCCAUCAGCCUCCCAGCGCCUGCGGAGCCCGCCGACCCGCCGAAGGAAACCUUCAAGGAAACGCCGGGAGCGGAGCCGGCAGAAGCUCGCGCCGGCUCGUCGCGAGUCAGCGCCUACUAUAUCACGCCAUUUAUCGACACUCGGGCCAUGCAGCGACGGACGUGGGACAGGAAAUACAGACAUUACGACGUCACACCCAGGACCGCCAUGAUCGUGGCUAAGCUGCCCGCCGCCAGCGCCGCCGCCGCCGUCCCGGCCCCCGCUAGUACUGUCAGCACCGUGUUCCCCAACAACCCUUACGCCGUGUCCGUCAAACCCGCCUGGACGUCCGAGCGGGACAACCAGCCGUCGUCCAGCUCAUUGUUGACGCUCAGACCCCCGAGGACUCUUCAGCCCCCGCCGGGGACUUUCUACAAGCCCCCCGUCAGCAGGGCUAGGACGCUCCCCGACUGGACCACCACCAUCACCGCCACUACUAACACCCCCGUGUCCCCCACCGCCGCGCCCCCGAGCCCGCCGCACAGCCGCCUCCAGACGCAAGACUCCACCGACAGCGCCAUCGACGCCGGGGCGGCUUCCCUGUCCCCCCCGCAGUCGCCGCCCCCCAGCAGCCCUGACGACCCGGACCCCGGCGAGACCAAGGCCAUCUACCAAAGACUGCGACCUCGGCGGCUCCAGGAACUGGAGCACAGGGAGGCCCAUUUUGUUUGAGAAGUUUUCCCUUGCCGUCAAAAGUGGCCCAAGUGCUAAUAUAUUCCCAAAACUUCUCAUUCUGAACAAAACCACUGAAACAAGAGCCAGCGGAUCACUUUUCCUUCUUUUGUGUCCCCAAGUUUUGCUGGCAUCCUGCAAUGCACUUAUGCAGCUUUUAUACUCGGAACGUUUAAGCUAAAUGUGUUUGUACCCCUUUUAAAUGGUGUAGCGUUGUUUUCUUACAAAGAGUGUAUGGGCCACACGGAAAAGAAAAAACUGCUUCAAUUUUUAUCAAAAGAGAGAGAGAGAGGAAAAAAAUAUAUUUUGUAUUUUUUGGGAGAAAAAAAAAUCGGUUCAUUUUUUUGUGUGUAUUUUUUCCAGAAGAAAUGUCAUUCUGUUUGUCAAUGGAAAAAAAAUGUAUUUGUGAAAAAGAAGUUACAUGAUUUGAGAUUCAUUUUUUCAUCAUAAAAAAUAAGCAAAUAUUUUUCUAAGAAAAUAAAGGAAUGGAUAAUGAAUGAGUGGCCAGUAUUGCAAACAGUUUUCUAAUGAUUUUUUUAUUAUUUUCUUGGGCGGGGAUGUUCCCCCCCAAUUCCCCUAUUUCAUGAAAAUGGCAUAUUUGAAGGUUUAUCAGUAUUUAUUGUCAUCAAAAUUGUGCGUCCAAUUUUUUUUUCAGAGGGAAGAAAAACUAUUUUUGGAGAACAAUAAAAACAGUUUUUUUCAAGAACAAAUCUAUGUUCUGCAGCAAAACGUAUAACCGUAGGGAGGUUAGUUUUAUAUUUGUUACUUUUUCAAAAAUAUCUAUUUGUAAACAAGACAGUUCUUGGAAUGAAAAGGAUAUUUUUCAAAACAAACGCUUGAGAGAAAAAAGUAUUUUCUUGAAAAAAACUUUCUUUUUACAAAGUUAAAUUUGGUUUUGUAUUUUUUUAAGAACAAGUUGUCAAAUCGUAUUUAUUGAGGGUUUCUUUGUUUUGUUUUGUUUUUUUUUAAUUCUAGAGGAAAUAUUUGGAAAAAAGAGUUAGUCAUUGCAGGAGGAGAAGUGGAGGAAGGUUCUGAGAAAUCUCUUGGCUCGAUAAAGAUGAGAUAUGUAUCUUUAAUAAAAUACAAGUACAGUACUUAAUAAUUGAAAUACUUGUCCUCUUUUUUUCAUAUUCUACUAUUAUCACACCUUUGAAGGGGUUGUGUCGAUGGAAUUGGAUUUCAGGAUUUCUUUUCUUAUCACGUUUGUGACUUUUUUUCUUACGGAAUUCUCUUCCCAAUACGACAUUGUAUGUUUUUUUUUUCCUUUUUUUUCCGUGUGGCUCCUUGCUAUCAAUACUGCCAUGAUUGGUACCUGCUUUUGUCAAUAUGUAAAGCAUAUUUAUGGUUUGUUGUUUUCCUUCUCCUUCGUACUGCAUUUUUUGGGGGGGUGGGGGGGUUGCGUCUCCUUGCAAUGGCGACCUCAUACACGACGUGCGGCACGUCUCGCCGCAGAUUAAAGGAAAGAAAAAAA